GUGCGAGGCCUUGCUUCUUGACUUCUUCCGUUGUGCUUUUAGGCUUUUCAUACGGAUCACCGGCGCCGACCACAGGUCCACAGCCCACAAAACACAAGCGCGGAAUCUGCGGAAAAAAGGAAACCAUGUGGCGGGCGGCGGCGUCGAGGUGCGCCGGCGGCGCCAUCCGGCAGCUGUCGGCGGUGGCUUCCCCGACAGCAGCAGGCACGCAGAGAAAGCUUCCUCUGGACGAGGGGGACUGGUCCUACUACAAGGAGUGGUGGGGCGAGGACGACGGGCCCGGUGAUGGGGCACACACCGUCUUCCGCCGCCACUCCGAGCACGGCAAUGGCGUCGUCUCCGUCGUCGCAUACCCAGCUUCCCAACCGGCCAGUGAUAAGUGGCCACUAAUGGAGAGAUGGCUUCAAGAAAGAAAUUCAAGAAUAUACCCCGAAUCAACUGGCGCUGACCAGUUUAAGAUACUAGGCUACCAGUGGCGGGUGAUGCGCUUUAACGAUCAUACACGGCAAAGUACUGCAAAAGUAAUGGCGUGUUACAGGUCUCCGGGUGAUAGAGCAUUAUACUCAAUGCAGCAACCCCAUUGUUUAGCUGUUCCUUAUGUUAAGAGUAUGGUAUCAGCAGGAUUGGCAGCACUACCGUGUUGUUCUUAUGAUCUCCCUCAAGCAGUUUCUGGAGAGAACACUAUGAAAAUUCUUUGUAUUGGCCAUGGUGGCGGCAGCAUACCAUUGUUUUUGGCUAGCAAAUUCAGAGGUGCUGCCGUCCACAUUGUGGAAAUUGAUCCAGUUGUCGUUUCAGCCUCAGUAGAAUCUAUGGGUUUCCCUGCAUCAUCUGCGAAAGGGUUAUCAGCUCACUCCAUGCAGCCUGCUGACGGUGAUGAGCUGUUUUGGGGAGGCAUCCACGACCGUCUUUUCCUCCACAUAACAGAUGCAGAAGAUUUUAUUGUCAGUGACAGCAAUGUAUACGAUAUAGUCUUCAUCGACGCUUACGAUGGAAAAGACAUAUUUCCCCACAAACUCUGGGAUGUGGAUGGAGCAUUCCUGAAGAACCUAGAGAAGAAAGUCCAUCCUGUUCACGGCACCGUGGUGGUAAACUUGCAUUCUGAUUCAGAGCUGUCAUCUCCUGAUGUUGAAGAUGAGGGCCAUUUCGACAGCAUACUUCCCAUGGGCAAGUAUGUUUCCCAAGUCUGCAGGGCAUACAAGCAGCAUUUCGGGCUAGCCUUCACGGCGGCUUCCCCUUGGCUCUGCAACAUCACCCUUGUCGUCUGCCGUGAUAAUGCGAUGCUGAGUGGUGCGCGGCCAGGGCGUAGCGGUAGAGAUUUUGUUCUUGGCAAGCUUUUGUCGAGUUCAAGCAUGGUUGAGCAGGCGUUGGACUUGCCAUUUCCUUGUUUGCAGUACGUCAAAAAUGGCUUCACGCUGGUUGAGUGAUCUGGGUCUCUUAUGGAAACAAGCCUCUCUUUUCCUUUUGCACUAUUUGGUCUCAUAGACUGCUGAUGAACCCUGAAAUCAAUCGAUGGUUUCCUGUAACCUAUUAGUGAGUAGUUCGCAGAACGUUCCAUUCAUGGUGGGGAUCCUUUUUUUCCACAUCAGGCAGUGUCAAUCUCUAAUAGUUUGAGUAUUUCACAACUAA